CUUGUCUACGUGAGGUGCGACUAGAGGACGAACAACUCCAUUGCUUUCACUGUCACAUUCAGCUCACCCAGGACAGGUCCGGUAGACGAGGGGAAGACAUUUCGGCGUUCACUAGUCGAGCGCAAAUUCGACGACCCAGCAAACACUUGAUUAGAAGCAUGAAGUUACUAUGGGCUGUGAGUGCCCUUCUUCUGGGCUGCUGGCGAGCUAGCGCGUCUACAGCUGGUUUUAUCAAGUCUCCCCUGUCUCAAAUGAAGCUGAUCAAUGACAGUGUAGAGCUGCAUUGUGAGGUGAUAGGGAACCCCAUUCCUGAGGUGCAGUGGUGGUUUAUUGAGGGUGAGGAGCCUAAUGAGACCUUCACCCAGCUUUUUGAUGGGGCACGGGAUUACCGUGUACAGAUAAAUGCCACAUAUAUAGCGCAUGCUACUAGCACCAUUCACCUCACUAGCCUCACCUUCAACGACACAGGCACAUACGAGUGCCGCGCUUCCAACGAUCCUGACCGCAAUGAACUGAAGAAGACGCCAAAAAUCAAGUGGAUCCGCUCGCAGGCAAACGUUAUUGUAAUUGAACCCCCUAACAUCAUUGCCGACCCUUCUGAGGUCAUCAACCAGACCUCUGCUGUACUCAAAUGCAACUUGACGGAAAUCAUCAUGCCCAUAAAAGGUUCCUAUUGGAAGCUUAAUGGCAAAGACAUUGAUAAUUCCAAGAAGAGUGGGUCUAGUCCAUACACAGUCCUCCAUUUGGAGAAGAUCGGCUUGACUUCUGGAGGGAAGUAUGAAUGUGUGUUUGAAACUGACCGAGAGGUGAAACAGACAAUUGAAGUCAAAACACCUCCCCAUGUCAGUGCUUACAAGCACUCUGAGCAUGGCAAUGAGAAUGAUAAAUCUGUGUUGGUGUGUGUUAGUAAUGGCUAUCCCCUGCCCACUGACUGGACAUGGUAUAAAGAAGAACAAGACCUUCAAGUGCCCAUUACCAAUGGCACUAGCAACAAGUAUGAGAUUAAGAGCACACCCAACAAGACCUCUCUGACCAUUAAUGACCUGAGCAUUGAAGAAGACAUUGGGUACUACCUCUGCUAUGGAACCAGUGAACUUGGCAAAAACAGUGACAGGAUCCACCUCCGUGUCCGUAGCCGUCUGGCUGCUCUCUGGCCUUUCCUUGGCAUUGUGGCCGAGGUCAUCAUCCUGGUGACCAUCAUCUUCAUCUAUGAGAAAAGGAGAAAGCCUGAUGAGGUCAAUGACGAUGACGACUCAGGAUCUGCUCCUCUGAAGAGCAAUUCUACUUCUAACCACAAAGACAAGAAUGUCAGGCAAAGAAAUUCUAACUAGAAGCUGAAACAGAUGGAUAUGCAGUCCACGGUUCAGCGGUUGUGUGGCACAUUCUACUGUAUACCUUUUUGUGCUUAGAUGUUAAUGUUUUAAGAAACUAACUAUUUUUUUUUGCUUGAGGCUGAGGUGCAUGAGUUACUGUUUAAAAUGGCAGGUAAACAUUUAACAAGAUGCUUUUUUUUCUUUCCUUUUUCACUAAACGUGAUCUGAAAUUAUACACUCUGUGCGAUUGUUGGACCGAUGUCUCGAUUCCCUUUACUGUGUAGAUGACUCAGAAGCCAUAUGUUAAUUUAACCUGAGUAGUGUUGUGAUUGGAUGUUACCAUUUCAGAGUUACACAAAGAUUUAGCCAGAAUUGUGUAAAAUGUUGUACCUUCUAAAUACUUGGAAAACCACCUAAUGUACAACUUGCACAAACUGAAUAAAAUUUUAAGAUUUUA